AUGUCUUUUUAAUUGGAUAAUAGAGCUCUUAACAUCAAAUAUACAAUUUUUGAACACUUUAUAUUUCCAUUCAAAUUGAAUCCCUAGAUUUUAAGUCAAAUAAACAAUUCAUUAAUCUCCUUUGAAUAAUUUAGAGAUCUAGCUCAAAAGUAUUAAGUGUCUAAUAUUGAUGCUGAAAUUAUUUUCACUUUUUUUUAAAUGGCUUUAGAUAAUUAGCCUACAGUAGAACGUAAAAUGGUUGAUAUUAAAUAAUUAACAUUAUUCUUGUCUUUACAAAAUUUUAAUUAAGCAGGAAGACAUUCAAUUUUUGAAAAUAUUAACAUUAAUGAUGUAAAAUAUUAAGAAAGAUAAAGACAAUCAAUUAAUUCUUACUCUCCAUUAAAUUCUCCAAGAGCAAAAACAAUGAGAAUUUAAUCUCAAUAAAAUGAAUCACAGUAAGUAAUAUAAUUUGUUAAAUCAAAUAUUAAAGAUUGGAUGACUUUGUUAACAAACAAUUAAGAAACUAUAACUAGUUAAGAAUUUAAUAUAUUAUCUUUGAUUUUUUAUAAUGAUUAGAAAUCAAUAAGUUAAAUGAUUUUUGAUCGCACUAAUAAAUUAGGAAAAGAUAUUGUAUCAGAAUGGACAAUAAAAAAUAUUUAAUGUUAAGAAUAUGGUACAUAAAUAUAUAAAUAUACUUAGCAUCAUCAAUCUGUGGUUUUACAAAGUCAGUAACAAUCAAAAAUAAUAUGGGAGAAGAUUUAAAAAUAUCUUAAUGUGAUGACUCUAUGAUUUAUAUUGAUAGUUGUGUAAAUACAUUGUCAAUAUCUCAAUGCACAAAUUGUUAAAUAUUUGUUGGAUCUGUCAGAAUGAUCACUAGUAUAAGUUCAUGUGAAAAGAUAACUGUUUGUGUAGCAUCAAAUUAUAUAAAAAUUAGCAAUACAAUAGAUUCAACAAUCCAUUAUUAUGGUUCAUAUUCACCUAUUCUCUAUGGUGAUUGUAGAUCCAUAAUUCUUGCACCUAAUAAUUCAAAUACAGAAAAAACACUUUAAAGAUUAAGAGAAGCAUCAAUACCUAUAAAUAAAUACUGUAGAGAUAAAUACUAGAAACCUUUAAUUAUUGGAUAGAGUAAGAUAGAUUGGUCGAUUUUACCUAUUGAUGAGUUUAGUAAAUUCAUUUUGCCAGAAUCACAUUUUGGAUGCAUAGAUUUUCCUUUAAUUUUAGAAUGUAAUUUUGAUAUCGAUAGAAUGAAUAAAGAAAUUACAGAAAAGAAAAUCUUAACUUAAUAGAUGAAUUAUGAAAAGUAACUAAUCUUAUUUUAAAUAAGAGAAUCGUUCUUCCAUUAUUGGCUCCCCCUGAUUACAUUAAAGCUAUUUAUGAUAGAUUUCAAUUAUUUGCUUAGGUUUAAGCAUAAAUCAAGCAAUCUAAUCUUAAAGAAGAAAAUUAGAAACUACUUUAAAAUGCUAUUUAAGGCAAUUUUAGAGAAUGGUUAGUAUCCACAGGUACUAUUAAAGGAAUAAGUGAUCUAGUCAAAUUAAUAGAUUAAGAAUAAUGAAAUAUUU